UUAGUCUAAAGAUGUGAAUCUCUUUUCAGUCUUUCAAUCAAUGUAAUUUAUUUGCAUUUUGUCACUUUUGUUCCAUCCAAAUAUAUUCAAAACAAAACUGGCAUGAUGGCACUUUGGAUGUUGGCAGGUGAAUUAAUAUUCGCUGUGUGAGUUUGGCUUUUGUGGUAAUAAUUUCAGUUCAGUUUCAUGGUGUCUCAAAUAAACCUGAACUGUCCGUGGUCCUGACAAUGUGUGGUCCUUUUCAGUCUUUUUACCAGUCUUUUGUUGUGAGUGCUGUGUACUUUGCUGUAGUCUGUAUACAGGUACCAGGAGAGAGAAAAAAAAAAACAGUAAUAGGAUUGACAAAUUGAUCUGAAAGGCUGGACAUGUGAUUGGUAGGAAGUUGGAAAUGUCUGUCACAGUGGGGGACAGACACAGGAUAAACUGCUCUCCAUUAUGGACAAUCUAUCCCGUCCACUACACCAAACACUGGAGGGGCAGCAGAGCUCAUCGUCCAGCAGACUGAUAUAGCUCUGCUUCCAUAGUGAACGCUACAGAGCCUCUGUAAUACUCUAUCCAGCUGCAUAGCAGCUCAUCUUUUUGUAAAAACGAAGCUAUUGUGACCAACCAUAACUAGUCGUCAUCGUAUAUUUCCCUGACUGUCUGUCUGUCUGUCGUGUCGUUUCGUGUAGUAAGGUGCUCACAACAGCUCAAUUUCUGGUUUGAGGCGUUAUUUAAUAUACAAAAGUUUCGCGAGAUGUCGCCCGAGACCAUAGAAAUAUCGUAUGAUCAACGGCUGGAAACUCCUCCUCUGAUCAUGACAAAUACAAGAAACGUCACCAUGUGGCAGUGCUUUGUGAAAAUAGCGAACAGUCGAGCGAGGCCAUAACGAGUGCAGAGCCCGAGCGAGGAUGGAUACAUAAAACAUAUAUAUAUUUAUAUUUUUUUUGUUCUUGGAUGAUCAGAAACCAGGAUUCAUAACAUUUGUGUGGUCAGCGAUGGCUGCCCGAAGACAAUGGAAUAAUACUGCGAAUUUGUUUUUCACUUUUCUUUGUCUCUGCGAAUGGUCCGUGGCUCAGAUAUCCUAUUCGAUUUCAGAGGAGGUGGACAAAGGCACGGCGGUGGGGAAUCUCGCAAAGGAUUUAAAUCUCAAUGUGCAGGAGCUCCAGUCUACGGGUCUUCAGAUUACAUCCGUGUAUAAAAAACGGUAUUUUGAUAUAAACCUUGAAUCUGGAGUGCUUUUCGUUAACGAGAGGUUAGAUCGGGAGGAGCUUUGUCCUACCACGGUGAAGUGCUCUUUAAAUGUAGAGGCUGUAUUGAGUAACCCUCGCAGUCUACAUCGAAUUGAAGUUGGGAUUAAUGACAUUAAUGACAAUGCCCCGUCUUUUCAGGAAGAAAUGUGUACAGUUGAUUUGUAUGAAUCUUCAUAUGUCGGUGAAAGGUAUCCGCUGCCGAUAGCUCAUGACACAGAUGUGGGCAUUAAUUCGAUCAAGACUUACAAAUUAAACACGAAUGAUCAUUUCUCGUUGGAUAUACAGAGCACCGGAGACCAAAGCGUGUCUGCUGAAUUGGUGCUGCAGAAAGCGUUAGAUCGAGAAAAACAAUCUCUUAUCGAACUAACUCUUACUGCCAUAGACGGAGGAAAGCCUUCCAAAACGGGCACUUUACAGAUAAAAGUUAAUGUUCUGGAUGUAAAUGACAAUUCCCCUGUAUUCAGUAAAUCGCUGUACAAGGUCCAAGUAGUUGAAAAUACAAAUAUGGGUACGAUGUUAUUAACGCUGAGUGCAGCUGAUUUAGAUGACGGUGUUAAUGGCCAGAUAGUUUACUCUUUUACAGAAAGGGGACGUUUAAAUCCUGAUGGUAAAUUUGCUUUGAAUGAUAAUACUGGAGAAAUUACCGUCAAAGGCAAUAUCGAUUAUGAGGAAAAUCAAGCAUAUGAGAUUCGUGUUCAAGCAAGAGAUAAAGGCACGCCUCCGCGCAACGCACAUAGUAAGGUUUUAGUCGAAGUCAUUGAUGUAAAUGACAAUCCUCCAGAAAUCUCAGUGUCAUCGCUCAUGAGUCCAGUGAAAGAGGACGCUGGAAUAGGCACAGUUGUCGCUAUGGUGACUAUAACAGAUAAAGAUGGAGGCAAAAAUGGCCAGACGAACUGUAAGAUAACAGGUUCUGUGCCUUUUAAAUUAAAAUCCAACUAUAAAAACUACUAUUCUUUGCUGGUUGAUGGACCUCUUGACAGAGAAAGUGUUGAACGAUAUAAUGUAUCAAUUGUUGCUACAGAUGAAGGAACGCCGUCUCUGUCGAGCACAAGCGUAAUUAAUAUUCAAGUUUCCGAUGUAAACGACAACCCACCUCGAUUCCUGGAAACUCCCAUUAAUGUUUAUGUGAAAGAAAAUAGUCCAGUUGGUGCUACUAUUUGUAAACUGACGACGGUCGACUCUGAUUUAAAUGAUAACGCAAAAUCAACAUAUCAUUUAAUUAACAGCUCUCCCGAGACCACGCAACUGACAUCGAUGGUAACUGUCAACUCAGAGACUGGAGACAUUAUCACUCUGCAGUCUUUUAACUUUGAGCAGUUAAAGACGUUUCAGUUCAAAGUUCAGGCCACAGACUCUGGUGUUCCUCCACUCAGUAGUAACGUGACUGUAAAUGUUUUAAUCCUGGAUGAAAAUGACAAUAAUCCAACUAUUCUGGCACCCUAUUCUGAGCAUGGCUCUGUUAACAGUGAGAACAUCCCCUAUUCUGCUGAAGCUGGGUACUUUGUAGCUAAGAUCAGGGCUGUAGACGCAGACUCUGGAUACAACGCUCUGCUUUCUUAUCACCUGUCUGAGCCCAAAGGAAACAACCUGUUCAAGAUCGGAACCAGCACCGGGGAGAUCAGGACUAAGAGGAGAAUGAGUGACAAUGAUCUGAAAACUCACCCCUUGGUGGUGCUGGUCUCUGAUAGUGGAGAACCCUCCCUGUCAGCUACUGUGUCUAUUGAAGUGGUGGUGGUUGAAAGCACUGCUGACAUCCAGACUCAGUUCAGACAUGUGCCUAUAAAGGAGGACAACUUCUCUGACUUGAACCUGUAUCUGCUCAUCGCCAUUGCCUCAGUGUCAGUGAUCUUUCUGCUGAGCCUCAUCAGUUUGUUAGCUGUCAAAUGCCACAGGACAGACAGUUUCAGCAGGUACAGCGCCCCCAUGAUCACCACCCACCCUGAUGGGAGCUGGUCUUACUCUAAAUCUACUCAGCAGUACGACGUGUGUUUCAGCUCAGACACACUGAAGAGUGAUGUAGUGGUUUUCCCUGCACCGUUUCCACCUGUAGAUGGUGAACUGAUCAGUAUUAACGAAGGAGACACUUUUACCAGGACACAGACUUUACCAAACAAAGAAAAGGUAAGACAUGCCCAAUUUAAUUUGUCUAAAGAUGUGAAUCUCUUUUCAGUCUUUCAGUCAACUUAAUUUGUUUUCAUUUUGUCACUUUUGUUUCAUCCAAAUAUAUUCAAAACAAAACUGGC